UAUCGCGGCGCGCAGCGCGCCAUUCAAAGCCAGGCCUUCGUGCAUCGCCGACGCGUCUUCUUGUAAACGCGCACCUCCGACGCUUCUCCUACCCUUACCCGCCCAAAACCAGAACCAGCGGAGAGGCGUCGCUCGAAGCAUCGGGCAGAAGUGCAGUACACGCUCGCGCAUAUUGCUGCCUCCUCUUCCGUUCCUCGCAAGAGUAUCCACCUCCGUUACGCAUACCACGCAGAGUACUGCGCCCAAAGACGGCAUCGGAUCGCCUUAUUCGAUUCGACCCCUACCCCGUGACCCGGAAAAGCCAGAUUCGAGAAGAAGACAUCGAAACCCAUUUUUUUUCUUCGACGAGGCGGACGUACACUUAGGCUGCCGUGGAUAGCGCGGGAAAUAUCGGCGGCUACGUCAACUCAGCAUCACCGGGCGACGCUGCCUCAACAUUUGCAUAAGUGCACCACGGCGCCAUAAGGGCUCGUGGUGGGAGUGAGGUGUGUGCUGUAGCCCCCCCAUCCCCGACCUGGCUACUAACGUCGACGUUCUCCUUCGAACUCCUACAGGCCUGAUAUGGACAUUUGUCAAGGGUGCUAAAUAAGAUCCACAAACAGGCAUCCCUCAACAGGUCCGUGAACGUGAGCCUUAAUCUAUGUAGACGAGUGUUUUGCACUUCACGUCCAUCGAAAUGCUACCACUGCAGCUGGAAAGCAACCCGAGACUUCACACUCAGUAGCGCAGCGCUGAAUCACUUAAUCUACCAAGGACACCUACGCAGUGGCAGACACCUGUCUUGGAUGACAGGCCGAAAUUUUUUGUCUACACUGUGAAACGUGGCCAGUGACACAUACCCGAGAUAUAUACCCACGGCAUACACCCCUGCAUAUUCCCAGGGAAUAUAUCAGUGACCCAUCUUGGAUACCUGGCAAGAAAUCUGAAAUUCCUGCGCGUCUUCAUCUUCUAUCCGAAGACUCAUACCCCUUCAAGUACUGUUGCGUAUUGCAGGUCUCCAAUUGCAAUGGGUGGUCAUAAGCUGCCGGCAGGUGCGUCGCCUAUCAUCAGUCUUCUCUUCAUCAUCACAGCUUGCACUGGUCAGAAGCUGAAUGCUGUAGAAACCAAUGGAGUGUUCUUUUCAGGACUCCCAAGAGCUCCAUCGGAAAUCAAUGCCAUCACCGCAAAAGGGGCCGACAUUUCUGGAAACACACUGGGAAGAGGAUUCCUCGAGAAAUUCACUACACCAAAUCCCCUGAAAACUGGGUCGACACCGUUCGACUUCCGAUUUAAUUCGGCAAAACCGGACAACCGUUUUGUCAUGCUUCCAGCGUCCGGCCGAAGAACGCCAUCAAAUUUUGUGACAAGGCCGACGUUCUUUACCGAGAGCCCUCCGCGACCGACUACAGCACCUCGAGUGCUUAUACCCACAACUCCAGGACUCGCGCCACCCCCACCACCACCGCCACCACCGCGGCCGCCAGCACCAUUCCGGCCUCCGACGUUCGCACCAACCACACCUCAGCCAGCACCGCAAAGGCCGACGAACUUCAGACAGGUGACACAGCGGACGACGACCCUGAGACCUGCGACACUGAGACCUACUACUCAAAGGCCUACGACGGAGAGGUUUACGACUCAGAGGCCUACGACACAAAGACCCACGACGCAAAGGCCUACGACGGAGAGGCUCACGACCCAGAGGCCCACGACACAGAGGCCCACGACACAGAGGCCGACAACACCAAGACCCACGACAUUGCGGUUAACGACGGCAAGGCUGACGACUCCGAGGCCGACGCUACCGAGCCAGACGACGCCAAGGCCCACACCACAAAGGCCGACGACACAGAGACCCGUGACGCAGAGGCCUACAGUGCCGAGACCUGCGCCAUCUUUGAGACCUACGAUUCUGCAGGAGCUGCCGCCUACUCCAAGGCUCGCUUUCCGGCCGGGCACUUUCCAGAACACAGUUUCCAAUGGGAGACAACCGACACCAUUUUUCCCCGUCAUCACGUCUCCACCACCCCAACGUCCGAUAAGUGCAAUUUUUACAACGCGACAACCAACUCCAUUUUUCCCCAUCAACUCUGCACCACCUCCGCUGGUCGCCGAAAGGUCUUUCAAUGCUAUCAACACUGCUCGCCCCUCCGUUCCAGUUCCUACGUCGACGACGAGGAGACGCAUUUUUGUGCCAGCUAGUGCUCUGAGCUCCGGCACGCUGCCAACCACAACGACAUUACGACCACCAACUCGACUUGCAACGCUCAACUUGGGGACGGCGUUCUCGACGUUACGACCAGCGACAAGACCGACCACGCCAGCUCCCACCGGUACCGGUUUCUUAUUCUGCGACCAAAGGCAGUGCGUGAAGAUGUGCCGUGAGCGCUUUGGCGAGAAACUGAACUCUUCCACUUGCCUGGCGAACGCAUGCAAGUGCGAGGUUACCCAAACAUGCAGCCCAUCACUGUGCCUUCAGAUGUGCCACAAGAACAAUCCCGGCCAAGAGAUCCUCUCCGCUGGAUGUCAAGGGGAAAACUGCAGAUGCGCCCUUAACCAGCCUUGCGAACCGGCCGAGUGCCGUCGUCGGUGCCUCCUGGCGCACGGGGACAAGCUCAUCUCGGCCGACUGCGCUGUCAGGAACGCUUGCCAGUGCGUCCACAGUUAGGACGGCGUAUCUGGCGCUGAAAGGGGAACAGUGCCUAAAUCUGAACUUCCAAGAGACCUCAUUAACGUGCACAGAAUGGUCACCUGUCGCAGCCGACAAGACCCUUUUACGGCGGCAACGUCUACGCUGUCAAGAUAAGAUUGCUUUCGCCAUCGUGUCACGACAGCGUAAUCAGUAGACAGCGAUCAGAAGUCGUUUGAAAUUAGCUAAGAAUGUGAAUCGUUAGGUUUCUUUUCGUUUUUCCGGCAUCAUAACCAUAGAACGGGCACUCGGGAAAACGCCUCUACAUUAAAAAAAUAAUUCUUGCUGACGUUCUAAGAUAUGAGAUGCUCUGUGCGCUUAAAAUCACAUAUUCUGGAUUUCCGAGCACACUGUGACAUAGGAAAACAUAGGACAUGGCAUGGUCUAUGGUGACCUUAUAAAUGCAAUAAUGUUCAGUUUUCGCAGCCACGACCUUGACGGUGCAUCGGGUCGUCGAAGGUGUGCCUCUUAAAAUUAAUGAAAAGAAGUACGGUAUUGUGCACUGUGCAUUCGGCACUGGCGUCCACUUCGGAAGCUUUAUGCUAUGCUGCUUGGCAGCGUUCAUUCAAUCAUACCUUUCAGCAUCAAUGGAACAAGAAUUUAUGCUCUGAUUCGAGUGACAUUACGCCACAACAUCUCCCGUCACUUCAUUGUAUGCCAUGUGAUACCUUUCAUAAAACAAGAGCGCGCGGUUCAUCAGAAUUAUUGUCAAGCCCACACAUUUUAUUGUGAGCAAUUUUAAUUUCUUUUAUUUUAUGAAGAACGGCAGAUUUUGUGGAAGUGUGUAGAAAUAUGAGCUGUUUUUCACGUUGUUUCAUGUCAAAAUAAAAACAAGACUUCAAACAUUGGC